UAUGAAAUCCUGGGCAGAAGAAUGAUGUGGGGAAACUGGACAGUUGUCAGUGAGUUUGUUCUCGUGAGCUUCUCAACUUUGUCUUCUGAACUACAAGUUCUCCUUUUUUUCCUUUUUUUGACCAUUUACUUGAUUACCCUCAUGGGCAAUGUCCUCAUUAUCUUAGUCACUACAGCUGAUUCUGCCCUACAAAGCCCUAUGUAUUUUUUCCUCAGGAACCUGUCCUUCCUUGAGAUAGGUUUCAACCUGGUCAUUGUGCCUAAGAUGCUAGGAACUCUGAUUAUUCGAGAUACCACCAUAUCCUUCCUUGGCUGUGCCACUCAGAUGUAUUUCUUCUUCUUCUUUGGGGCUGCAGAGUGCUGCCUUCUGGCCACAAUGGCAUAUGACCGCUAUGUGGCCAUCUGCGACCCUUUGCGCUACCCAGUCAUCAUGGACCACAGGGCCUGUGCCCAGUUAGCAGCUGCCUCUUGGGCCUCGGGGUUUCCAGUGGCCACUGUGCAAACCACAUGGAUUUUUAGCUUCCCAUUCUGUGGUCCCAACAGAGUGAAUCACUUCUUCUGUGACAGCCCCCCUGUCAUUGCACUGGUCUGUGCUGAUACCUCCUUGUUUGAACUAGAGGCUCUGACAGCCACAGUCCUAUUCAUCCUCUUCCCUUUUUUGCUAAUCCUGGGGUCGUAUGUCCGCAUUCUCUCCACCAUCUUCAGGAUGCCAUCAGCUGAAGGAAAACGCAAGGCCUUCUCCACCUGUUCUUCACACCUGCUAGUUGUCUCCUUGUUCUACAGCACCGCCAUCCUCACAUACUUUCGGCCCCGGUCAAGCACCUCUCCCGAGGGAAAAAAGCUGCUGUCACUCUCCUACACAGUGGUGACACCCAUGUUGAAUCCCAUAAUCUACAGUUUAAGAAAUUCUGAAGUGAAAGCCGCACUGAAGCGGGUCAUCCGCAAGGCCCUCCACCCUCAGAAACCAUGACGGACUCAAAUGAAGACAGAAAAGGCAGAAAGGAAGGACAGGUGAAAGACAAAUAAAUUCCCCCAGUGGAUUUUUGUCUCAUGGAUUAUAGGAGUAUACCCACUGGGAUUCUGGACUCUCCACAAAGGUCCAUCUCUGAGUGAAAGAGAUGAAUAAUGAGAAGUGAAAGAGUGGCACUUGGGCAGUUGGCCCAACGUUCUGUGAGCUUUGGUACCAGUGUUUCUGGGGAUGCUGAUAAUCUAUGCAAAUUAGUAACCUACCUGAAGUGUCUUAAACUCAUUACAAUUUUCCACUUUUAUUUGGUUGUCUUUCAAUUUCUUUAUCUUUUUCUUUCCCCAGGGUUAU